AUGCCAGGGAUUUUUGGAAAAAGCAAGGACGAGGCGGCAAAAGGCCCAGCUGCAUCUAGUAGUUAUAGGCCACAGCAGGAACGAAGACAUUCGGAUCAUGUCAAAAGCGGAUCAUCCCUUCGUCCUGGUAUAUUCGCAUCAAAAACAUGGCAUACUCCUACAACUGGUGAACCCAGUCCGAACCUUUCCAAAUCAAAAAAGCAUCAUGGACGUGUGAGAUCGUUCUUCAGCAAUUCAGACAGCUCCGAUGAUGAAGAUGAUGAUGGCUAUGAAUUCAAGUGUAGAGGUGUCGACGCGGAAAUUCUUGUGACAGACAAGGGUUCUUCAAGCAGAGAAAAUGCUUCUCUUCAACCAGCCCAACAUAGAGUUUCGUCUCGUAGUCGAUCCAUGGCUAAAUCAAAAAUGCCAAGCAGUCGUUCUAGUUCGCAAGAUUCGCCGACCCCACGAAAAACAUUUGCACCUCCGACCAUUCCGAAAUCACCAUAUCCAAAAUUAUCAGCAACUUCACAUACUAAUCCACGCUCGAUUGAAGAAGUGCACCGUCCAAGAGAUCGAAAUGAAGACUCUGGUGCCGCAUCUAAUCAGGGAAAAUCUCGCGGUGGAAGAGAUGGCAGGAAUUCGAGCAGAAAUCGUGAGAGAGAUGCGAAAGUCCAAUCCCCGGAUGAUGACAUCAUCUCUUCUAGUAGAGAUCAUAAUGAUGAAAAGAGGAAGCACUCCCGUCCUAAAAAUGAUUAUAAUAAUGGAUCAGACUACAAAUCCUCCUCCAAUGAACAUAAGCUACCUUCUGGGAGAAGGGAAAAUCCCAGAUAUCCGGCCUCAAAGGCUGUUGGGAAUGGAGAUAAGAACAGACAUGUGCGUAAACCUCAUUUUUAUCAGGUUCAUGACUACAGCAAAGAUGAUCAUUCUUCUCUCAAUCGUCAGCAUCGUGGGAAUGAGCGAGGGAAUCUUGUAUCACGAUUGAAGGUCUAG